UCUUCAUCGUUGUUCCGAGCUUCACCUAAUUCAGCUCCACAGCAGCAGCAGCAGCAGCAGCAGCGGAGCCAUGGAAUCGCAGACGUGGAAGCUGUUGCUCUCCCUUUCUCUCCUGCCGUCGUUCCUCCUCGUCCCCGGAGCCAGAGGCUGGACCGGCGAAAUCCGCGGCCGGGUCGUCUGCGACGUCUGCGGCGACUCUUCCAUCGGACCCGAAGAUCACGUCCUCCAAGGCGCUGAAGUUGCUGUUCUUUGCAUCACAAAAUCUGGCGAAGUUGUCAACUACCAAGCAUUUACAAACUCCAGGGGGGUAUACAAAGUUGCUGAGACGAUGCCCGAGAGUGAUCGCUGGGACGCUUGUCUUGCGCGUCCGAUCAGCAGUUUCCAUGAGCAUUGCACUCAUCUCGGGGGUGGCACUGCUGGCGUCAAAUUUAGCUACAACCAUCCAUCAGGUUACUUCCAUACCGUUAGGCCCUUCGUGUAUCGCCGCGUUGAUGUUCCAACAUAUUGUUGAUUGUGCUUGGUUUUUAAAGGGGGGAAAAAAGAACAAACCGUUGAUGUAAAGGUUGCUGGUGCUGCAACUGCUAUAGGAGUGCAGAUCUGUAUGCACUGUCUCAUACUAUACCGCCGAAAAUAUAAGAUGCUUGGUGAUAGUCACACA